AUGAGCCCUUUUCUUUCCCAUGCUGAGGCUCUGACUGCCUCAGCAGACCUGGCUUUAAACUUGCUUGCACUUCCUUUCAAAGAAUCCCGGAACCAGAGAGAGAAGGGGAAAACUUGGCAGCAAAGAAAGCAAAGAAACUGUCCUGUCAUCCAUUGCUCUUGUAGCCAGUCAACGGUGCUUUUAUUCCACAGGUUUUGUGAGAUUCCUGUUUUUCCCACCUGGCCUCUGUGUGGAUGCUUGUACUUGACACAUUUAUCCACCCCUUCUGCGUGCCAGGAGCUGCGUCAGGCGCUUCAUAUACCUUAUUCCAAGUUGUCCUUAACCACUCUCCAAGGAAGUCUGUGUCAGCCCCUCCCAUUUGGGCCUGAGACUCAGUAG